GUUAUCGCCUCCACUCUAUUCUUCACGCACACACUUUCGCACUUCUUCACACGCAACUUCCUCUCUUAUAACCUCACUGCUAUAUAUACUCACACUUGCGUUCUUCUUUCUUCAACUUAAAAACACUUUUACUACUCUUCACUGAAAAAGAAAGAUAGUAAUAAUAAUGGCACUUGAAGCUCUAAGUUCGCCAAGAUUAGCUUCUCCGGUUCCAACUCUGUUUCAAGAUUCUGCUGUUGGCUUCCAUGGUAGCAAAGGCAAACGAUCUAAGCGGUCAAGAUCCGAGUUCGACCGCAGUCUCACUGAGGAUGAGUAUAUCGCUUUGUGUCUCAUGCUUCUUGCUCGCGACGGGAAUCGAACCCGCCACCUGCCUUCUUCUUCUUCCUCGCCGCCUCUGCUUCCUACUCUUACUUCUACUCAUCUCCACAAGUGCAGCGUCUGCGACAAGGCGUUUUCUUCUUACCAGGCUCUCGGUGGGCACAAGGCGAGUCACCGGAAAAACUCAUCGCAGACUCAGUCUAGCGGAGGAGAUGAGAAAUCCACGUCGUCGGCGAUAACCAUCGCGAGCCACGGCGGCGGCGGAGGAGGAAGUGUGAAAUCUCACGUUUGCUCGAUCUGCAACAAGUCUUUCGCGACAGGUCAAGCGCUCGGGGGCCACAAACGGUGCCACUACGAAGGCAAGAACGGGAGCAGCAGCGAAGGUGUGGGGUCCACAAGCCACGUCAGCAGCGGCAGCCAUCACCACCACCGUGGGUUUGACCUCAACAUCCCGCCGAUACCGGAAUUCUCGACGGUCAACGGAGAAGAAGAGGUGAUGAGCCCCAUGCCGACCAAGAAACUGAGGCUCGAGUAGAACUUAUAAAGGAGUUACAGAUUCAGCUAGCAGUUACAUGAAUUUGUUAUACUGUACAUAAUACCAAUUUUUAGAUUCCACUUCUUGUUAUUCUUCAUUGAAUCAGUAGUAUUCCUUCUUGUAAUAUUUUUGUGUAGUUUUCUUGUCUUCUUUACCUAAAGUUAUCGUUUAAAGAAAAACGACCUUGUUAAAACUA